AUGUCAUCUAUGUUGCAGGAAUUUCGAGCAAAACGUGAAGCACAAAGGGUUCGAGUUGAAGACAAAUAUGAAAUUUUAGGUUUUAUCAGCUCAGGAACAUAUGGAAGAGUAUAUAAAGCACAAGCAAAACAAAAAAACAAGGGUUCAAAUGAUGAAAAGCCUCUCAUGUAUGCAAUAAAAAAAUUUAAACCUGAUAAAGAAGGCGAUGUUACUACCUACACGGGGAUAUCACAAUCAUCUGCUAUUCCCGAAUUCACUAUCAAAUCAUUUUUAUGGCAGCUGCUUAAUGGAGUAGCAUAUCUUCAUGCUAAUUGGGUUUUACACAGGGAUUUAAAGCCGGCAAAUAUUUUAGUUACGGCUGAUGGUGUAGUGAAAAUUGGUAAAGUGCAUACACAUUAUUUAAAAACACUUAACAUUCUCACUAAUAUAUCCGUAUUGUAUAGGUGA